UUAAUAGCUUAUAUUUAUAUAUUAUUAUGUUCCUGUCGACUAACGAUUUCUUAUAAAAAUAUAUAUAUAUCAUGAUGAUAUUAUAAUGUACAGUAAUAAAGUAAACUAUUUUUUUUAUAGUAAAGCUGUACACAGACACAAUACACCGUCGUUUGUCGAACUCGAAUAGUCUACCAAUUUGCCUCUACAACUGUCACUGAAUAAAUAUUAAUAUUUUGUGCAACUGCCCGAGUGCCGUAGUGGUGCCGCCCGCCGCAUUAUCACUUAGUUAAUAAUAUCGUACUGCUGUCAAAUAAUGAUGUGUUAUCAGUUAGCAUUGUCGAAUGUAGAUUCGCUGUAGUUAAUAGUUAUCGUAUUAAAAUUCGUCUUGUCGUUUGAACUACUAUACUUGUUAACAGUGCCUAUAACAGUAUUAUACACACAAUGUUGGAUUUACAAGAACCAAAGUCUAAAAAACCAGCUGAUACAGCAUUCAAACAACAACGGCUGCCUGCAUGGCAACCAAUUCUAACAGCACGCAAUGUAAUGCCCAUAUUCUUUGCAGUUGCCGCAGCAUUUAUUCCAAUCGGCAUAGGUUUACUAUACCUCACAAAUCUGGUUCAAGAAUUUACUCUUGAUUAUACCCACUGCAAAUCAAUUGAUGAUCCGAAACAGCGAUCUUGUGCAGAUAUCAUUGGUAGCAAUCGUAACAUGUCUUGUCAUUGCAGUAUUCCAUUUAAGUUGGAAGAAGAUUUUGCUCCUAAUGUUUACAUGUACUAUGGAUUAACCAACUAUUAUCAAAACCAUCGGCGUUAUGUAAAAUCAAGGGACGAUUUUCAGUUGCUUGGAAAACUAAGCAAAAAUCCAUCUAGUGAUUGUGCUCCAUAUGAUUAUCACAACAACAAGCCAAUUGCUCCUUGUGGAGCUAUUGCCAAUUCAUUAUUUAGUGAUAACUUAAUAUUGAUGUACAGUGAAAGAAUUGUUCCAUUGCUUCGAACACAAAUUGCUUGGAAAUCUGAUAAAAGUAUCAAAUAUCAUAAUCCAGAACAUUCAGAAGGAAAUUUGAAAGAAGCAUUUAAAAAUUUUGAAAAACCAAUUGACUGGCGUGUGAAUAUAUGGGAAUUGGAUAAGGAAAAUGAAUUGAACAAUGGUUUUGAAAAUGAAGAUUUGAUUGUUUGGAUGCGAACUGCAGCACUCCCGGAUUUUCGUAAACUAUAUAGGCGUAUUGAUCAUUCCAAGGAAUUUAAAAAUGGAUUACCUAAAGGACAUUACAAAUUAGUCAUAGAUUAUAAUUAUCCAGUAGCAGGCUUUGGCGGAACAAAAAGUUUGAUACUGUCCAACACUUCAUUUACAGGGGGCAGAAACUUAUUUCUUGGAUAUGCUUAUAUUGUUGUUGGAUGUUGCUGCUUUUUAUUAGGGUUAUUGUUUUUAGUUCUUCAUAUCAAAUAUAAACCCAGUGCAAAUACAGGAGAUAUUUCCGUUGUUUCGCCAUCAACAUCUUAUCAGUGAUUUAGCAUAGUUUUUUCUUUAUUGAAGAAAUAAUUCCUUGUGUUUUUUUGCACGUACAAAAUAUUAAAUUGGGCUGUGCUUCAAUUAGCAACUAAUGAGCUUUAUAAGACAAUGUGAUAUAUAUAAAAAAAUCAUACUUUAAUUUAUCACAAUUAUAUAAUCACAAUUGACCAAUAUCUAAUUUAUACUAAAAUGUACUUAUAAGUUAAACUAUAAUAGAAAUUAUUUUAGCAUAAAAUAUAUCUUUAGUACUUAUAACACCAUAUAACUUAAAUCAGUUGAAUCCAAUUACCAUUAUUAAUUUGUAUUAUUAUGUAUUACGAAACACUGUCACUGAAACAAGUCUUGAUAUUUGUUAAAAUUUGUUAUAAUAAUAAUUUGUUACCUUUAUAAAACAUUGUUGAGCUUUAAACUAUAUAUUUGCACAAUGUUUUAAUGUAAAAUGAAUAGUAAAUAAGGAUUUUAAGUAUGUGUCUAGUCAUAGGGGUUAACGUUUGUUAGCUGUUCAUAAGACUUAAUUUUAGAACAAUAUAAGCUUAAAGCUUAUUUUAUUAUUUGUUUACACUUAAACAUUAAACAAUAAUAUAUUUUAUGA